AUGUUGAAGAAGGCCACCAUCGUCGCUACUGCCAUUCCCCUGGGGGGCAGCGGGAAAGAAUUCGUCUUCGGGGCGAAGAAGAAGAAGCCGACAACGACGCAUUUUUGGAGCGGCAAGGAGACAACCGGCUUCCUGGAAAAAACUGCGUUUCGGGCGGGGCUCGUCCAACACGAAGCAAACCCUUGCGUUCAAAGUUGCGUGAAAACGUUCGACGGCGAGACCAUUAGUACGAUGGACGAGUUCGGUCCCAUGAAUGACUGCAACACCUGCUGUCAGGACAAUCAAGUCUGCCUCUGGUGCGGAAUCCCUCCCGGACUAGCUCCUGCGGGCGAGCCUGCUACUUGUUCCUCCCCCGCCAUGGCGGCGCAGAAUAAAUGUUAUUAUUCCAAGUGCGCUGGGAUGAACGGAAUCGGAGACGAUCUUCCACAGUGUGCGGAUACCUGCGCCAAGAACUUUUCCGCGUAG